AAGCCAUUUAUCCAAAACGGUUUGGAUAUUGCAGUGUUCCGUGGCAGCCAUGUUAGCUCCUCAACCCUUCCGCGUGACCUUUCCUGUGUGCCUCUGGACCCGGGGCUGGUACCGGUGGUUACCCGAGCAAAGGGGGUAACGUUAACGCUUCAGCGAAGCUGCACGGGGAACGAACCCGUCUAUGCCAAGUGACAUCCAGGUCGAAUAACUAGGUCGGCGAUAAAUGCGUGUUUAACACGCCUCUAAAACCACGAGCUACGAUCUACUGUAGCUGUUUAUUACCAUUUUACUCACUCACGGGAUCUGUUCACGUUUCAGCCAGAUCAACACGAGGAUGAAGGUGGAAAGGGGGUGGGUGUGUUGUGUGCUGCUCCUGUCCUCGCUGGCUGUGGGAGCUGCGGCGCGGAAGCAGUUGGAGGUUGAUAUUUCAGACUUCGAUGAAGAUAUGGGAUUGGACGAUGAGGAAUUAAAGGUUCUAAUGUCAGAGGAGGAAGAGGAGGCGGAGGAGGAAGAGGAGGCGGAGGAGGCGACGGUGAUGGAUGAGGUCCACUCGGAUGAGACGGAUGCCACAGCAAGUGGGAAGGCAGGAAUAGAUGCAAAUGUCUCCUUCCAGGUAACAUACAAGACUCCCGUACCUACCGGAGAUGUCUACUUCGCAGAGACCUUUGAUGAUGGCUCACUGGAAAGUUGGCAGCUGUCAAAGACGGUGAAGGGGGAUGCAGAUGAUGAAAUCGCCAAAUAUGACGGGAAGUGGGCUGUGGAGCAGCUGAAGGAGAACAAAGUUCCAGGAGAUCAAGGCCUGGUCCUCAAGUCCCGGGCCAAACACCACGCCAUCUCCGCGAUGCUGAGCAAACCCUUCGUCUUCCAGGAUGAACCUCUGGUCGUACAGUAUGAGGUGAAUUUCCAGGACGGCAUUGACUGCGGUGGCGCAUACAUCAAACUGCUUUCAGACACUGGCCAUCUCAAUCUGGAACAAUUCCAUGAUCGCACAGCGUACACCCUCAUGUUUGGGCCAGACAAGUGCGGCGAGGACUACAAGCUGCACUUCAUCUUCCGCCACCAGAACCCUCUGAACAAAGACCUGGAGGAGAAGCAUGCCAAGAGGGCGGACGUCGACCUCAAGAAGUUCUACACCGACAAGAAGACUCACCUCUACACUCUGGUCUUGAACCCAGACAACAGCUACGAGAUGUUCAUAGACCAGUCUAGCGUGAGCCGCGGCAGCCUGCUGAACGACGUGGUGCCUCCGGUCAAUCCGCCCAAAGAGAUCGACGACCCGCAUGACUCUAAGCCGGAGGACUGGGACGAGAGGGCCAAGGUUCCCGACCCCGAGACGGCCAAGCCCGACGACUGGGACGAAGAGGCUCCAGCAAAGAUUGAAGAUCCCGACGCUUUGAAGCCAGAGGGCUGGCUGGACGACGAACACGAGUUUGUCUCUGAUCCCAGCGCCGAGAAACCAGAGGACUGGGACGAGGAGAUGGAUGGAGAGUGGGAAGCCCCGCAGAUUCCUAACCCGGCCUGUGAGACGGCCCCCGGCUGUGGGGAGUGGAAGCGUCCCCAGAUAAACAACCCUGAGUACAGGGGCAAGUGGAAAGCCCCUCUGGUGGACAAUCCCAACUAUCAGGGAGUCUGGAAGGCGCGUAAAAUCAUUAACCCGGAAUAUUUUGAGGACCUGCAGCCGUUCAGGAUGACGCCUAUCAAGGCCGUGGGCUUGGAGCUGUGGUCCAUGACGUCCGACAUCUACUUCGACAACUUCAUCAUCACCUCUCACAAGGAGGUGGCUGACCGCUGGGCCGCCGACAGCUGGGGACUGAAGAAACUGGUGGCCAGCGCUAACGAGCCGGGGAUCUUUGCUCAGCUGACCAUUGCAGCCGAGGAACGUCCGUGGCUCUGGGUGAUUUACAUACUGACAGUCGGCCUGCCCGUCAGCCUGGCUGUGCUGUUCUGCUGGCCCAAGAAACCCGAUGAAGACUACGUGUACAAGAAGGUGGAUCCUCCCCAGCCUGAUAUAGAAGAAGAGGAGGAGGAUGAAGAAGAGGAAGAAGAUGAGGAGGUAGCAGGAGAGAAGGAAGGCAAAGCAGCUGACGCUGUAAAGGGUGUUCCAACGGCAGAAGUGGCUGAGGAGGAAAAUGAAGCCAAUGCGGGAGGUGACAACCUAGAGGGGGAUGAAGAGGAAGAGGAGGAGGAGGAGGAAGAAGAAGGGGAGGAGGAGGAAGAAGGGGAGGAGGAGGUGGAGGAGGAGGAGGGAGAAGAGGAAAGCAAAGCUCCUGAGAGAACCUUAGAGGAGGAGCCAAAGGAGUUCGGAGACGUCGCCCAAGAGAGCCACAAACAAGCUGUGAGAAAGAGGAGGGUACGGAAAGACUGAGGGGGAGAACCCCACGCCUCCUGUCUCCUUUCUCCCCCGAUGCGGAGGAGGUCGUUUCAGCUGCUGCUCCGCCCUUUCUGAGCAUAGCAGCAUGUAUUUCUUCCAAACCGCCUGUUAGCCUGCAGCCCCCCCCCAGCCAUCACAGGGACAGUUUCCCGCACUGGACUCUGCCACCCCCAUCUCUUCUUCCCUCUCCCUGUCUCCCGCUCAUUGGACGAUCAGACGAAUCAUUCCACUGGAGAUUCUGUCCAUUUUAAAUGUUUCCCCCCCAUCUCAAGCUUCCACACUUUCUUGGUCGUUCCUUUUCUUCUCUUAGCCGUUGCUGUCAAAAAUGCCCGUCAGCCCAAAGAGGCCCACCUCCUGCACCUGUGUCCCCGCUCACCUCGUCUCUGAAUAUAUCCCGUCCUAGUCCCACCAGUCCGUCUCCUCUGAGGAGGACGGCGGCCGAUGGUCUGCAAAGCAUUUCACAACAUGUCGUACGGGCUUCAUCUCAGAAGUUGGUCUUUAUUCUUAUGUCCAGUUUGCUUUAAAGAACAUGUUCGAGGACACGGCUGGGCAAGCGUCCCUUGGCUGGUCGAAGUUGUUUCAGGUUCCAAGAACAGGCCGGGAGGAGAGGACGCCAGGCUGCUCGACGUGUCAUUGCAGAGUUGAGACAUUUCAGGCGAGAAAUGGCCUUCAGCUUUGGUUGAGAGAUGUACCUCUUGAAAAAGGAUGUUCUGUUCAGAUUUUAGGUAGUUUGUAAGGAGCCUCAGUUCCUCUUGUUUUUCUAUAGCAAUUUAAGAAUUGAGGAUCAACACAGACCCUAUUUAUUUAUUUGUUUAAGGUUUGUGUUAUGUUGGUAAGAAUAAAGAUUUAAUAUUGCAGUGUU